AUGAGAUCUCCGAACAUACAGUUUCAGGACAAUAGAUACAAUGAAAGUGUGCAAAAUGAAGCUGUGGACAUUCAAACUCUUGACCGCAUUAUAAACUUCUUUGAGCAAAACUAUAAGAGAGUUGAUGCUAAAGGAUACCCCCUUCAAUAUGCGACAGCCAUCAACGUACCAAAGGCUCAAUGUCAAGCCGGCUUUAAUCAGAACAACUUCCUCACUCAUGAAAAUGCAAAUAAUGUGAAAAAUUAUCUUGCUAAUGCGUCCAACCCAGUUUACCAGGGUCAACAGCUUAUAGCAGCCGGAACUAUACGUACUGGAAAGUACAAUAUUCAUUCUGAGUAUCUUUUACUGAACCCUCCUGACAACUCACUCAUGACAAACCUGUUAAACAGAAAUAAACAAGACUGCAGUAUUUUCUACACAUUUAACUCCCCGUGUCUCGGAACGUGUCUGGAUGAGCAAGGUCCAUACAAUAUUCUGGAAGCUCUUGAUAAGUGGAGCAUACACGAUGGAAUUAAAGCUUUUGUUUUCAGGCAGUUCUGGAAGCAUGACACAAGGAAAGGUCUUAAAAGUAAAUUUAAGCUCAUCGCAUCACGUGUCCCUCUCUAUCGUUGUGUGAGCGUGACCGAGUGCUACGCUUGUAACGGGGAAGGAGACGCCCCCAUUAAUGAGAACUGUCUCCCACCACCACCACCAAUCAUAAGACACCGCAGUGAACUCUAGUUUAUUUGCCGCAAAAUGAAAAGUGCUGAUGGGGGAAAUGUGUUUAUGCUUAGCUCGAAGAAACAAAAUAAUUUUCAUUGUGUUGAUUCUCAUUCGGAGAUGUA